GUGACGCCACGGGUUGAUUUCCGCUGCGGAAGCCGCGGCUGCAUGUAAACAAAGCAGCGGCUCCGAUGAAGAUAAAAACAGGAAUAAAUAGAGUAAAGUAGAGUAAAGUAGAAUCCGUUUAAAGGGACCUGGAGGAGAGAGAGUCAGUGAUGGGGCUCCGCGGGGACUGAACCAGAACCAGAACCAGAGCCAUGUCUAUGGAAGACCCGUUCUUCGUCGUCAAAGGGGAGGUACAGAAAGCUGUGAACGCAGCACAGAGCCUCCAUCACAGAUGGAGCGAGCUGCUGCAGGAGGGGGGCGGAGCCUCCAAGGAGGAAAUGGACUGGACGACCAAUGAGCUGAGGAACAGUCUGCGGUCCAUCGAGUGGGACCUGGAGGACCUCGACGAGACCAUCAGCAUCGUGGAGUCGAACCCGAAGAAGUUCAACUUGGACGCAGCCGAGUUGUCAAAGAGGAAAGCCUUCAUCACCAGCACCAGACAGACAGUUAAGGAAAUGAAGGAGCAGAUGUCGAGUCCAGCUGCUGCCUCCAUGGACAGAAAGAACAAACAGGCUCUGCUCGGUGAUCGUGGUGCUCAGGGUCCAGUCUGGCAGCCUGGUCCUGAUAAAUAUAGCCGUCUGGACCGGCAGCUGCAGGAUGCCAAUUCUCAGUUCAUAGAGGAGCAGCAGGUCCAGCAGCAGCUUAUUACGGAGCAGCAGGACGAACAGCUGGAGCUGGUGUCAGGAACGAUCGGAGUCCUGAAGAACAUGUCGGAGAGGAUCGGCAUGGAGCUGGAUGAACAGGCCGUGAUGUUGGACGACUUCAGUCAUGAGGUGGACAACACUCAGUCCAGACUUGACAACGUCAUGAAGAAACUGGCUAAAGUGUCUCACAUGACCAGCGAUCGUCGCCAGUGGUGCGCCAUCGGUGUAUUGCUUGCCAUCCUCUUCGUUGUCAUCCUCCUUUUCUUCAUCCUUUGAUUGAUGCCUCCUCCUGUCAGCAUGAAGCUUGUCUUAAUCCUGUGUCUACCGGACUCUACUGAACUUUACUGGUCUCUAACAGACUCCGGUAGACUCUUCCGGUUCUACUGGAGUCUUUAUCAUCCUCCUCCGGUCACAUUGUAUUCAUACAGUCCAGUAUUAGCAAUCACUAAUUUGUCUCAAGUCUGCUCAGCUUACAACCCCCCCCCCAACCAAAACAAAUCUAGACGUUAAUCAGCUGCUGUGACCCUGAUUCUACUGGACUCUCCUGUACUCAACUAGACUUGGGUGGACUCCUCUGGGUCUGGAGUUCAGACUCUGUGUCAUCAGUCAGUCUAGAACUCGACUCUAAGGGACUCUGGACUGUACUGGUUUCUACUGGACUUUACUGGACAUUCUCUUUCUACUAAGUGAGACUGAGAAGGUGUUCGACAGUUUAAUCAUUGCAGAGCUCAAAGGUCAAAUAUAUGGAAAGAUAUUUAAGGUUUGAUGUUCUAGGAAAUUAUGUUUCUGUUUGUUACAAUUAACUCCAGUUUAAAAUCAGUUCAAAAUUGGUUUUAAUCCAGUUUCACUCUAGUUUAAAACCAGUUUAACUCUAGUUUAAAAUCAGUUUAAAUCUACUUUAAAACCAGUUUCACUCCAGUUUCAUGUUCAGUGCAAUUCUAACUUCAUUGCAUCUCUAUUUAAAUUUUUCACUUGAAAACCACUUUUAACUCCAUGUUCACACCAGUUUAAUCCAGGUUUAACCCUGGUUUAAUCCAGUUUAAUCCUGCUUUAUUUCAGAUUUAAUUUUUGUUUAAUCCUGGUUUAAUUCAGGAUUAACUCCAGUUAGUUAAGUGUGAAGUUGAUCUGAAAACACUUUUGGAAAAUAAUGUAAUAACACUAAAACUUUGUGUUGAUGUUUUUGUUGUUUACAGUUUGUUUUUGUUUUUGUUGACUUUGACUGAAAACAUCACUGAUGCCGCGUUUGACGUUUUAUUUUUUUAUCUUGUUUUCUCUGAUGGUUUAUCUCUGUUUCCUGUACCGUAUUGAUCAGCAGACUGCAUCUUAUUGAUCAGUGGAGGUUCCACUGUUAAACUGUUACUAAGUCAAACCUGACUCUUCCUGCUGCUGCUUCACAGUAAAAGCCUUUCUCUAGUGAACAUCUGGGAGGCUUUUAAUGUGAAGCAGCAGCAGGAAGUGUGUGUGUGUUUGAUAUUAAUUGGCUGAUAUCAGGUGAACUGUGAUAUGAAGCAGCCAAUCAUGUUGUCCCACAUCAUCAGGUUUAUGGUACGCACAGUGGGAACAUCUCAGCUUUAUGAACUUUAACGAACUGAUGAGAACGAAACUCAGUAAAUUCAGAACUGACUCGUCUGAAGUUUAAUCUGUUUUAUUCUGUGUGAAUUUAACACUAACAUGUUAUGAAUCCAUCCAGUCCUGAAACAAGCUUCACUACAUCAUUCAGUAUUUUUCUCUCAGAUGUCACAACAUCUUUAAUAAUAUUCAAUGUUUUUAUUAAAAUAGAUCAUUUUUUCUGUUCUGAACUUUAUUUCUGGAAAUAAAAACAACAUGGCACACUAAAAUAACAACAUUAAGAAUAUUAAUAAUUAAGAAUAACCACUGUAUCUUGUUCAUGUGUCAGAGCACAUCGAUAACUGAAUCACAGCUGAAUGAAUGAAGAUGUGUAGUUAGAAGUGUGAGACUGAUCAGUGAUCAGUUUAUUAUUGAUCGACGAAUGAUGAAGUUUUAGUCUGAUGAUAAAAUUGUCUUUAUUUUGUCACCAUCAGCUGCUGAUGGACUCUCUGCAGGUGAAUUUUAUUUCAAUAAAGUGACGCAGAAAAUAAAAA